AUGAACAAAAUGGAUACAAAAGAAGCAGUUGAACAUUUAGUCGCGUUAAAGGUAAUGCGAUUAACUAAGCCUGCUUUAAUUAGUCCAAAAAUUGUAACCUGUGACUCUAAAGAUUUACCCGGUAAUAUUUUAAAUAACUACCUAAAGGACGAUGCGGUAUCAGUAACCCAAAUGGAAACUUUAGCUGCUGGACAGUUUUUGUUACUUCCCCAAAGUUUUGGAAAUAUUUAUCUUGGAGAAACAUUUUCUUGCUAUGUUUGUGUACAUAACGAAACAAAUCAACCAGUACAAAGUGUUUCUAUUAAAGCUGAUCUACAAACAAACUCUCAAAGAAUACCACUUACUACUCAACAGAGUCAAUCCCCAAUGAUGCUUGAUGUUGAUGAAACUUUAAGUGAUGUAAUUCAUCAUGAGGUAAAAGAUCUUGGUACUCACAUCUUAGUUUGUGAAGUAACAUAUAUGUCUUAUUAUAGUACAUUGGCAUCAUUUAGAAAGUUUUUCAAAUUUGAAGUUAUGAAACCAUUAGAUGUUAAAACUAAAUUUUAUAAUGCUGAAUCAGAUGAUGUUUACUUGGAGGCGCAAGUGCAAAAUAUUACAACAGGGCCAAUCACAUUGGAGCAAGUAUCAUUAGAAAGUUCCCAACAGUUUACUGUGAAAUCAUUGAAUGAGAUUGAAGAAGGGCAGUCUGUUUUUGGUGACAUAACUUUACUUCAACCUCAAGAAAGCUGCCAGUACUUAUAUUGUUUGACACCAAAAGAGAAUAUAUCAAAAGAUAUCAAACUACUGGCUGCUGCUAAAAACAUUGGUAAGUUUGAUAUAGUCUGGAGAUCAAAUUUAGGAGAGAAAGGAAGACUGCAAACCAGUCAGUUACAAAGAAUGACCACAGAGUAUGGAGAUGUGAGACUUACAUAUGAAAUGUUACCCAAUAAAGUUACUGUAGAUGAACCUUUUGACUUCAAAUGUAAAAUUAUGAAUGCCAGUGAGCGAACUCUGAAUUUGUUUAUGAAACUUAGAUCACUUCAAGAUAGUAGUCUGUUGUGGUGUGGAAUAUCAAAUAGAAAACUGGGACCGCUAGAACCUGGAAAAUUUAUUUAUGUUAAUCUAACUGCUCUACCUAUCAAUACUGGCCUUCACAGCAUUUCUGGCCUGUCAUUAGUAGAUUUGUUCUUAAAAAGAACUUAUGAUUAUGACUACUUGGCUUCUGUUUAUGUAAGUUAA